CCACUAAGCCUAAAUAAAAGUGGGAAACAACAGGGCAGAGAAAUCAAAUGAGAGUGAGAAGGAAAAUGGCGAUUUAAGGCCUUUAUAAUACAAUACGUGUUCCGAAUGAAGACAUGAAACAAACGGGAACUUUCUUAACACAGCUCUGCAUUUGUUUAACUCUUAUCCCAAGUCAAAAUGCAAAUCAACUCAAUGAAUACAUUCAGCAUUAUGAAUCACUAUCCUAUAAUCCAGAAGAAGUACAUAAAAAUCACUUGCGUGCCAAACGUUCUGUCCACAGUUCUUUUGUACCAGUAAACUUUCAUGCAUAUGGGAGGCAUUUUAACUUAAGAUUAAAGAGAGAGACAGGAGUAUUUUCCCCAGAUAUUAUAUUUGAAACACCAAAUGGUUUUAAUGAAGAAUUGGACACAUCUCAUCUGUAUAAUGGAGUUUUAUUGGGUGAACCCAAAACAGCUGUAUAUGGAUCACUACGAGAAGGAGUGUUUGAAGGAAAAAUUCACACAUCAAAUGAAACAUAUUAUAUUGAGCGAACAAAUAAAUAUUUUGAGAACAAUGCAAGUCCUUUUCAUUCCAUUAUUUACUCUGCCAAUGAUGUCAUUGAUCCUUUUGCUUCUAAACGUCAGGGACAUGCUGCUGGUUGUGGUAUCACAGAAAAUAUACUGCAGUGGAUGCAAGAUGUCGGUAAUUCUGCUGUUCCAGAAACAUAUGAGAGCAGUUCCAUAUCAGACUCAAAAAGAGACAGAGGAAAUGAAAGAACUAAAAGGUCUCAUUUUGAGGAACAAAGUUAUCACAAUCUGUAUACUAGAGAAAUUCAGUGGAGGUCACCACCACGUUCUCAGUCCACAAUAACUCCAAAUAGAAGAGCAUGUUCAUUGUAUAUUCAGACUGAUUCUUUCCUUUGGGACCAUGUAAAGCGUCAUGAGUCUACAGAUACAAAAGUUAAAGAAGAAAUUAUUUCACUUAUAGCACAGCAUGUGAAUGCUGUAAAUCGUAUAUAUGAAGACACAAAUUUUAAUGGAUAUACUGGAAUAAAGUUUGUUGUUCAGAGAGUAAAGAUCAAUGAUUCCUCUGAAUGUGAUACACCUAUGAAGAGAGGAAGCAAUCCUUACUGUAUCCCCAACAUUGAUGUGUCUAACUUCUUGAACCUAAACUCUCAGACUAAUCAUGAUGAAUUCUGCCUUGCCUAUGUUUUCACAUAUAGAGAUUUUUCUGGAGGAACUCUAGGUUUAGCUUGGGUUGCUUCUGCAUCAGGAGCUUCAGGAGGUAUCUGUGAGAAAUACAAAUCUUACACAGAAAAUAUUGGAGGUCGACAGGUGCAGAAUAAAAGGAGUCUCAACACGGGUGUAAUUACAUUUGUCAACUAUAACAGUAGAGUACCUCCCAAAGUUUCAGAGUUAACACUCGCUCAUGAAAUAGGCCACAAUUUCGGAUCACCACAUGACUAUCCAGAUGAGUGUCGCCCAGGUGGUACUAGAGGAAACUACAUCAUGUAUGCCAGUGCCACAUCAGGAGAUAGAUACAACAAUAACAAAUUUUCUCUGUGUAGUAUUCGCAAUAUUAGUGCUGUUUUACAAGCUGUAUAUAACAGUAAUGGAAAAGAAAAUUGCUUGUUAGAGGAUGGAGGACCUUUCUGUGGUAACAAAAUAGUUGAGGAGGGAGAGGAAUGUGAUUGUGGCUGGGAUAUCAAUGAGUGUAGUGAAAGAUGUUGUUAUCCUAAAGAAGUAGAACCAUACAAAGAAAGAGAUCCAAGGGCAAAGCCAUGUACCAGACGCCCAGACACUCAGUGCAGUCCAAGCCAAGGUCCUUGUUGCACAGAUGCUUGUCAUUUUGAAAACAGUAACAAACUGUGUCGAGAGAGAUCUGAUUGUAGUUUCCAGUCAGUGUGUGGUGGGAGGAGUGCAUUAUGCCCAGCUUCUCUUCCUCAGCCAAAUAGGACUGAGUGUAAUGAAGGCACUCAGGUUUGCUGGAAUGGAGAAUGUUCUGGAUCCAUCUGUGAGAAGUAUGACCUAGAAGAGUGUUUUCUAUCAAGUGAUCAUGGUGUAAAACCAGAGAAGAUGUGCGAGGUUGCUUGUCAGGAGCGAAACCAACCAGCGACAUGUAAGAGUACAUACGAAAUUGAGAGAAUGAAAAAUAUUAAAGGAAUCAAAUUGAGACCGGGAUCUCCAUGUAACGACUUCAAAGGCUACUGUGAUGUUUUUCAAAAAUGUCGAGCUGUGGAUGCAGAAGGCCCUCUAGCGCGAUUAAAAAAUCUCCUUUUUAAUCAAAAAACUCUCGUGGAUAUUAGACAGUGGGUUACGACAUAUUGGUGGGGUGUCAUGAUGAUAUUGAUUGGAUUAGCUAUCUUUAUGGGUCUGUUUAUCAAGUGUUGUGCUGUUCACACACCAAGUAGUAAUCCCAGAAAACCUCCUGCCCUUCGUAUUACAGACACUCUAAGGAGGCCAGCAGACACUCUAAGAAGAAAGUCUCAGAGACAUCGAGCAGCUCAUCAACAAGGAAGAGGUGUACAAGGACAUUCAGUAUCCCAGUCUCAGCCUAUUCAACAAGCUCCUCCCAGUGAUCCUCCACCUCCUUAUUCAGGGCCAAGUCCAUCAGCCCCACCUUCCAUUUCUGGACCUUCCUGGGGUUAUGGAGAGGGAAGGGGCCACUACAACAGAAGAGAAAGAAAUCAGCUCCAUCCUAAUGUCCCUGGUAGUCAUAUAGAAGAAAAUUUGUAUGCUCCUGCUCGACCUGGUAGAAGUAAUGUAAUGGAACUAAGGUCCAAAAAUCGUGCCUGACCUUGGUCACUCAUAGGCCUUAAACUUACCUAAAUAUAUCAGAAAAUAGUAAAAAAAGUUCAUACUUUCAUCUCAUCAGUAGAAUACAUAACUUGAAAGAUAACGUGUUUGCAGUUACAUUUCUUAAAGAUGGAGUGAUUUUGACUGGUCUCACUCUAUUCUAUGGCAUAUAUGCUACUGUCCAUGAACACACCUAUCCAGCAGACUGAACUUUUCUUAAUGUAUGUUGAAUAAAAAACAUUUAUUUCCUCUUUGGUAAUAGAACUACUCGGAAGCUAUAUAAUAUAUCAUUGCAGAUCAUAUUAUUUUAUUGUUUUGUUUUAGGACAACGUAGUCAAGUUCAUAUGCAAAUUGCAUGGCAGGCAAAUUUAACUUUACACCUAAGGUAAUUAUGGUGAGAUCUUACUCUAUAAGAAAAGUAGUUUAAGAAUGAUUUUGGUCUGGAUUUUACUGUUUUUUUAAGCUUUUUAUUAGAUUAGGGUUUUAGUAUUUUUUAUGUAUUUGAGCCAAGAACAUCAAGAUAACUGUGAAAAUCACAAAAAAAAAUAUAAUUAAUUUUUGACUCAUUGGUAUCCUUGGCUACUUAGUAUUAAGCCAAACUGAUUUGAACAAUAUUGUAAUAAAUAUUCAGUAAAUAGUAAUAAUGCACCUGUUUUGAAACUGUUUGAUAUUUCUCUAAAUUAAAAGUAUACACAAAAAAAGGUACAUUACUCCAACAUAGUGUUUUAAGUUUUUAACCUGUGAUAAUCUUGCAUGCUAAAUUACAGGUGGUCUUGAUUUUUUCUGUUUUUUUCAUGAAAUUUUUCAUUGUUAGAUUUUUUUGUAUAUAAAUGACACAAAAGUACUGAUUUCAAAGUAAAAAUAUAAAUGUAUCGUCAUAAUGUGGAGGUGUGUUUUAUCUCUCUUUAUCAGACAUUUGUUCUUAUGUUAAUACAAUACUUAUCAGGUUUCUGCUACAUUCAAGAUAACUUCUGUUUGAAACAUGAAAUUGUUACCUAAUUCACUUCUCUUUCUUCAUAGACUUUGAUAUAUAAAGGGGUGGACAAUUGCUUGGUCUGAUGUUGUUAAUUAACAUAAUUUUUUUUAAAUAUGUUAAGUACUUUUGGACAUGUUAAUUUACAUAGUAGCGAAUUGCUGUAAUAAACAUAAGAUGUAUUUAAAGUAAUGUCACGUGGUGGAUUAAGCAUCAUAAAUGAAAAAUGACAUUUUAAAAUUUAGUUCAGAUAGAAAGAUUGCUCUUAUUGAACAUUACAGUGACUGACUUGGUACAAAAAAUAUUUUCACCUAUUCUUGUGCAUCUUGUAUUGUUGCACUUUGAAGCAAACCUAAAUUCAACACAUGAUUUGGAUUUAUAAGUAUAACAGAGUUAUCUAUAUCUGAAAAGAAAACCUACAUGAAGGUAAUGGUUUUAUUAGGUGAAAAUGUAUCUUCAACUUUCAUUUACAGUUUGAAAGUUAAUAUGUUGAAAUAAAUACCAUUCUGGGAUUGAUUUCUGUGGUGGACAGUUAAGAGUGAGCUUGUUUUACGUGGUGGACAGUUAAGAGUGAGCUGUUUUUACGUGGUGGACAGUUAAGAGUGAGCUGUUUUUACGUGGUGGACAGUUAAGAGUGAGCUGUUUUUACGUGGUGGACAGUUAAGAGUGAGCUGUUUUUACUUCAACAACUAUUGUUACAAAUUUAACUAACUUGUAACUUCCAAUUAUUAUGGUAUAAUGUAUAAUACAUUUUUAAAUUUAUUGUAAUUGGGUGUGUAUAUAUGAUAUUCUGUUUACUUAUGUCUAUUUACCCAGUAAAGAAAUUAAGUCUAAUGUUUUAAUACAUUAUCUUAAUUAAAAAAAAAAAAAAGAAACCCACUCAAAUUAAAGAAAUGGAAAAAACACUUACUAUAAUGAAAAAUCAUAGUUUUUAGAACUAUAGAUAGAAUAUUUUAUUAGGUAAUUUGUAUUUUCUAUAAUAUAUAACAUAAUUAAAAAACCAGCAUCUACAGCAUUUUAUGUUCUGAUCUGUGAAAUCUUUCAACUUUAAACAAGAUAAAAGGACCUUUUACUUUCAUAAUUAAAAUAACUAUAUAGUAUUUUACUACACUAUUUUGGAAACACCUGAUUGUAAGAAUGAAAUCCAAAUGAAUUAAUUAAUUUUCAAAGGACUUUUUAAUUGUCAGAUCUACCUAGAUCUAAGAUACUAGUUAAUUGUCCACUCCUAAUACCUGGAUAGUAUGUUGUUUUGUAAAUAGUUAUGCAGAUUUAUUUUGUAAGUAAGUAUUGACAAUAUUACUUCCAGAAUAUGCAGUAUUUAUCUUGCUAAAUUAUUUAAUUUUUGUAUUUCAUUCAAUGUUUUUAAUGUUUUAAUAUAGCAACAGUAAAUGAAAGCUUUAAUUGAAAAGAGUUGCAGCAAUUUUAUAUUUAUGUGUAUAAUCUUAUACAGUUCGGUUUAUUGAAAAACUUUCCAAACACAAACAAAAUAUCACAAAUUAUAUUUUAUAAAUACAGUUUUUAAAAUUGAAAAUUCAUUUAAACUUUUGUAUUGCAAAUACUUUAAAUUAUUCUGAAGAAAUCUAAAAUGCUAACUAUAUUUAUCAAUGAAAAUGUUGUACUGUUUAAGCAUAUGCAACAGUUCUAACGUAAAGAAAAAUUUUUAUAUUUAGGGCUUUAUAUUGGAUUUACUGGAACAUGCAAUUAAAUGUAUAUGACUUAAAAGCAAAAACGUGUAUUAACAAUCACUUUUUAAUAUACGAGUUAAAUACUACAGUUAUCAACCAACAGUUAGAACCUGUCCUCAUUACAUAACUUCCAGAGAUUUUUUUAAA